CACAUCCUACAAAUCUUACCUUCAACUUCAACGUGCACUUCCAUUUCUCUCCGAUCAAGAAAUGACGGCUGGACUCGGAAAAUGCAGCAAAAUCCGGCACAUUGUCAGGCUCCGACAAAUGCUCCGACGGUGGCGCAACAAGGCACGAAUGUCCGCCAAUCGUAUCCCCUCAGACGUACCCGCCGGACACGUGGCCGUCUGCGUUGGAACGAGCUGUCGACGGUUCGUCGUCCGGGCAACUUACUUGAACCACCCGGUUUUCAAGAAGCUUUUAGUCGAAGCAGAAGAGGAAUUCGGGUUUAGCAAUUCAGGCCCCUUGGCAAUCCCUUGCGACGAAUCGGUUUUCGAAGAAGUGAUCCGGUUCAUCUCUAGAUCCGAGCCACCCAACUCGGGGCGGUUCGUGAAAUUGGACGAUUAUCAGAGUUACUGCCACAUCGGAAUCAGAAGCAGAGUCGAUAUGUGGCCGGAAUCUCGGCCUUUGCUUCAUGGAUUGGCCGAGAAAUCCAUCUGGUAAAAAAAAUCCGUCUGAAUCAAAUAUAAUGUGAGGUUUUUUUUUUUCCAUUUUUUGCCCCCACAUCCCACUUGCCACAUAAACGUAGCAAGAGGAUUAAGGAGGGGUUUUCCGGAAGAACAAAAAGAAAAACAGUGUAAUGUAAUAAUUUGAGCUCCGGAGAAGGGCUGUGGAGAUGGCAAAACUGGCGGAGACAUGAUUCCACCGUCGUCGUCCCGAACCCAAAUCGGAACAAGGAAGAACAACGACAGCAAAUAUUGGUUAUUCAGGGAGAGGGAGGGCUACUUUUGUAAAUUAAUUGAUUUAUUUGAACAAAUUAUCCAAUGCCAAAUUUGAAAUUCCAGUUUCUCUCUACUGGUCAAUUAUAGUUAAUAUUUAUUU